CCUAACAGUUUCAGAGGCGUUUUUACCAAGCAUGGGUGGUUUCUUGUUCCACGUUCCCAUUAUAACCCUCGAUGGAUAAUUGAUAAGAUUGAAAAACGUCUUGAUGAGAAAUACGAACCAAAUGCAAAUACCUACGAGUUACAGAAUAAAGUAGAUGAGUUGAUUGGGGCUAUUAGUAAGAAGGAUGUUCCAAAACGUGUCAAGCAAACCAAACAAGAAAAAGAGGCCAUAGAAAGUGACUCUCUUUACGUCAAACAAUUGAAAGAUGAAGGUGAGCAAGAACUUGAUAUAGAGGAUAUAACCAAGGUUAGAACGAUUCGUCGCCGUAAUACCAAUGGAAACCCUACGUAUACGCAUGCUUGGAACUACUACUACACUUUGAAUAACUCAAAAUACCCACAUUUGCCUCCUAAAGAAGUCAGACGGAAGGUUGGUGCCGAUUGGAGUGAAUUACCCCAAUCGAGUAGACGUCAAUGGCUAGAUGACUACAUUGCUCUUAUAGAGAGCGGAUUUGACAUUCACCGAGGUAAAAUUAUUUCCAGAGAGAAAAAAUUAGAA